UCCUAAGUCACUGGUUCCAGUAAUAGGUUGACGUUCUGGAGGCCACAGAGGGCGCAAAGGAACCUGCCAGCGCGCGGCGUGUGCGAAGGCAAGAGCUCCCCCGUGAAGGACCGACACGAGGGGACCAGCUACAGGUGGCAGACGCGGCAGUCCUGGGGGUCUCGCCCCGUCCAGGCGCCACAGCCAGCCCCUCCGCCUCCGGAAGUCGCGCUGAACGGCCCGGCGCCCCACGCAACGAGCACCACGAGGCUGGAUGCCAUCUUCUUCAGUGAACAACAUGGGGCCAGGGAGCAUUGGACCCCCAAAGGCAGCAGUGCAGAAGGCUGCCAUGCAGGUGAAAUCUGGAGACCACAAGGACAUCUGGUGCAUGGAGGAGGUGGCAGAGGGCUCGGAGUACGAGGAUGCCUGGGACACCAGGGAGCAGCCUGAGUACGAAAUCCUGUUCAGACAGCAAGUAGGAACUGAGGAUAUGUUCCUGGGGAUGACCAGGAAGGACCCUUCCACUGCCUGCUGUGAGGACAUGCUGAUUAAAAUCAAACUCCCCGACACAAAAGUUUCAGAUGUUACUCUUGAUGUUCAGGAAAAGGUUCUUGAUCUUCGAAGCCCCCAGAAGAAGCUCCUCUUGCACCUGCCCCAUCCUGUGGACAGAAAGAAUGGGAAGGCCAGUUUCCUUCCUGAAAAGGGCAUCCUGGAAGUCACCUUGCGGAUGAAGCGGGAGUUUGAUUUCAUCAAUUUUGCCUGAAGAGGAAUGGAGACCUCCCAUCUGUCAAGAGGCUAUGGAAACCCUGUUGAGGCUUACCAGUUCAGCAGCUGGUCAGGAGGGGUGCAGUCCUGCAGCAGUUUCCAUGCAGGUCGCUGCAGUGCCUAGUGAAUCAUCCCCUGCUGAGCUGGGGGCACUCGGGGGGCUGGGCAGCUGCCCCUCCUCUCUGCUGGGCUCUGAGGUGGAACUCUGCCUUGCCAGCUCUCGGCCUCCUGAACGGUUUCCUUCAGCUCAGUAGCUGUGUCAGUGGGUCUUCACGCUCAUCCUGCGUGUGUCAGCAGCAGCACGUGAGGGCGGGCGAGCGGGCA